AUGACGUCAUUUUGUGCACCUCCGCAUUUCCACUGCUCCAGACCUCUGAGCCUCCGCUUUCGAGCCUCCGCGGCCGACGUACCGGAUUUCUUCUCCGCCGACUGGCUUGAGUCCCGCAAGAAGAGACCUUCUGGUCCAAGACUGAAUUUUAGUGCUGAGGAAGCUGUUAGAUACCAACUUGAUGCAUUGAUGUUGAAUGACCAACCCCGGCCUGAUUAUGGCAUUGAAGUCAUGUAUAGGUUUGCAGGAUUUGAUCCUUUUGAAAGAUCCACCUAUUUUGGUCCCUUCUUUGAUUUAGGUCAGUUUGAAAGAUUUCGGCGAAUCUUUCACCACUCUAGCUACAGAGUUUUACUUGGUCAUCGGGAAAGAAAGAUCCUGAGCAGUUUAAAUGUUAAGGAGGAUUGCUAUAAGCAACGUGUGUGGGUACGAGGGGCUCGACCUGAGGAAGAAGAAGUAUUUCAGUUUACCAUGAUCCAGAGAGUUGGUGGUUCUUGGGAUGGUUAUUGGCUGACAGAAUCGCUUCUUCACGAUGGAGAUAGCUUUUCUGGGAUUGAGGAAGGUUAUGCUCAAUCGAUAGGAUUCUCCAAUGAGUGCUUUCAGAGGGGCGAGAAGAAGCUCCUCUGCGACAUCCACCGCCAGAAGGUCACCGCGCCUCUGUCCGCUGCGACGACCGGUUGGUGUUCUCCUCUCCAAUUCACCGACGACGGGGCGGGAAUUAGGCGGCGGCACGGUGGAGAUGUUGGGAUGAACUAA